UGGCAAGCGAGUCUUAUGGGAGGAGUUAAAAACUCUGAUAUCAGGAAGGGGGGGGGAAUAUAUGUCUGGUGGGAGAUUUCAAUAUAGUUCGGAGAAUGGAGGAAAAGGCUGGAAGAAGUGGUUUGACGGUGGAGAUGAGAGAAUUUGAUAAUUUUAUUUGUGAAUCAGAGCUGUUUGACAUUCCUCAUGUGGGCAGAAAGUACACUUGGUAUCAGGCUAAUGGUAAAUCCAUGAGCAGACUAGACAGAUUUUUGCUUUUUGAAGGGUGGCUAUCAAAGUGGGAUGAGGCUAGACAGUGGGGAUUAUGCAGAACAGUAUCAGAUCAUUGUCCAAUUCUGCUUAGACAUAAUAAAGUUGAUUGGGGGCCUAAGCCAUUUAGAUUUUUUGACUCAUGGCUGGAAUUAGAAGGGUGCAGAGAACUGAUAAAAGAUGUGUGGAACAAGGCUAACAUUCAAGGGUGGGUUGGAUUCCGCCUUAAGGAGAGACUGAAAUUAACUAAGGAGGCACUAAGGAAGUGGAACCAAAACCUAGUCUCGGAUAUUGACAACAAAAUAAACAAAGCAGUAGCCGAGAUUGCUCAAGUAGAUUUAAAGGGAGAGAGGGAACAACUGAUGGAGGAGGAGAUCAAGGCGAGAAUGGAGGCCUUUCUAGAUUUGUGGAAGAAUCUAAAGCACAAAGAAAGCAUGCUACAACAGAAAUCAAGGAAAACUUGGCUGCUAAAUGGAGAUGCGAACACAAAGUUUUUCCAUAAUUGUGUGAAAGGAAGAUGGAAGAGAAAUGAAAUGAACAGCAUAUAUGUGCAAGGAACCCAGAUUGUAGAAGUGAGCAAAAUGAAAGAGGAGAUUUCAUCUUACUUUGAAAGUAUGUUUAAAGAAGAGCAGGGGGAGAGACCAAAAUUAGAUGGGAUAUGCUUUAAACAAAUAACUGGGGAAGACAAUAGCUCACUCAUCAAACCAUUCAAUGUAGAAGAGAUAAAGGUAGCAGUAGAAGAUUGUGAUAGCUCGAAAGCACCAGGCCCCGAUGGAUUCAAUUUCAGAUUUGUCAAGAGUGAAUGGGAGGUAAUUAAAGAGGAUGUCAUAGGAUUCCUACAAGAUUUUCACAAGAAUAGCAAAAUGGUGAGGGGACUAAAUACCUCUUUCAUCGUCCUCAUCCCAAAAGUGGAUAAUCCAUAGAAGAUUGAGGAAUUCAGACCCAUUUCUCUCAUUGGUGUGAUGUACAAAAUUCUUGCAAAGAUUUUAGCCAACCGGUUAAAAAAGGUACUUGAUGGGGUAGUUGGUGAGCAACAAAUGGCGUUCAUUAGU